UAACCAGUUUUCAGUUUGUGAUUGUCGCCGAUCAUGUAUGGUAGCGUUGCGCUUUCGUGAAACAUGUGCUAUCCGCUAAACGUUGGCCGACUGUCGAUGUUGUUAUUAUUGUGCGCCCGUCUGUCUGAUUAUAAUGUCCAAUACGUAUACUGUUGAGAAAAAGUCGGAAACUAAGACCAAUCCUCAACAUUCGCCUACUAUCCGAAUACAAGUUGAUUUGUUCGAACCCACUGAAGAGAGAUACCCAGUGUUUAAUUAUCAAAAAUUACUUAUCGAAGAAAAAAAGCGCCGAAGAAGAGAUCAGCAGGCUAAUUUUGAUGAAAAUGAGGAGUCAAUAAAACAAUUGGCUGAUCAUUAUGAACAAAAAUUUGGAAUUAUUAGUAGUGUUAAGAAAAAGAAGAAGAAAAAAACUGCCUUUUACAAUUAUUCUGAACUAGCAGCUGGUUACGAUGAGAAUGAUUCAUUCAUUGACAAUACUGAAAUUUUUGAUGAAGUUUUGCCAAAAGAAGUUGAAACAAAACUUGGAGGUUAUUAUGUAAAUUCUGGUUCUUUAGAAUUUAAAGAAAUUUCUGAAGUUACUGAAGAUUCUGAUGAAAUAAAAUCUAGUCAACCUCGUAUGCACUUUAUAAACUCUGUAUUAGAAGAUAGUGAUGAAAAACUGCCAACUUUUGUUGUUUCAAAUAAUUCAGGAAAAAAUUCAUGCACAGAAACAAAGACUUGUGAAACAUCUAAUGAUUCGUCUUCUUGUUCUAAAGAAGAAAAAGAAUCACCAACAUCUGUGUGUCCAUCUAUACUUUCAGUAAAUGGAAAAUGUAAAAGAAGACAGUCCAUUGAUUCUGAUAGUGCUAACUCCAUUAUUCCAUAUAAAAAGAAAAAAAUUAGUACUGUUAAAUCAUUGAUUCAAGAAAAAAAAGUUCAGCUACCAGAGUGCAAGCCAAGUGGUUCAAAGGAAACUCAACCUGUAUUUUCUGAAGAAGUUCCUACUACAGAAAAUAAUGUUAGUUCAAUUAAUGAUACAAUUGAAUCUGUGAUUUAUGCAGCUUGUUCAAAACCUGUAAAUGUAUCAUCGAGUCCAGGUGACAUAAAAAGUACACAGAAUAUAAUAAAUCCACCCAUCAGUAUUGAUAUACCUGUUUCAAAUGGUGUUCAUAAUAUAGCAGAAGAACUUCCUGAAAUAAUAAUGGAAAUUAUUGAAUCAAUUAAGACUGAAGCUCAAAUAGCAAACCAAAAUAAUUUAAAUAUAUUUUCUGAACAAAUAAAUCUAAAUCUACUAAGUCUUGAAUACCAAAAAGAAAUAUUACCAUUUAAUGCACAACCAGUUUAUGCUUUAUUAGCUGAAUGCAUGUUAUGUGACAAAGAGAAGCUUGUUAAACAAGUUAAUAAUUUGGUUGACUCUGAAGAAGCAAAAAUUACUGAACCAAUUGAAAAGUUAAGAACUGCAAUUAAAGAAGUAUUACCAUCAGUUAUUGAGCAGUAUACUCUAGAAUGUAAUAAAAUCUUAGAUCAACGGAUGGUUAAUGGAUUUUCUAAUGAUGGAAUGAAAUCUAAACCUGGGCCGAAACGUCCACGUCGUAAAUUUCCUUGGAAUGAAGAAUUUAGAGCUUAUGUACGAGAAAUUAUUAAUAUUCGGACUACCACCUAUUCUAAAAUUAAAAGAUCCAAAUCAAUAGAUAUUUAUAUUGCUCAGUUUAUAAAUAGUCGUAUCAAAUCAUUAUGGCCAAAUGGAUGGAUGAAAUCUACCAACAUUUUAAAAGAAAUUAAAGCAAAAGAAAAGGAUUCUAGGCCUAAAGUACCUAAAAAACAACCUCUACAAAAUAGUCCAACUAAAUUGAUGAAUGCUAUUAAAGUAGCAUCUAAACAUAAAGUAUCUAAUUCUGCUAUGAACAAAAUACAUAAGUCGAAUAAGCAAAAACCUUCAAAAAUACCUGACUUAAGUACUGAAACUCCUAAAUCUACUAGUCAUGCUCCAUCUUCAUCGCAAUCUACAGCAACUAAAUUUAAGCCCUUUUAUAAUUCUCCACAUUCAGUGGCCAUCAGUACUUUAAGUGAUGACAUACAUCCUUAUCAAGCAACUAUUACUACUACUGCAAUUAAUGGUUGUAAUAAAAAAGAUCCUGAAAAUAAUAGUGUUAUUGUGAAAACAGAAGCAUCAGCUGGAGAUAUAUUGGAUUUAUCUCCUAAUAAACCCAAUGCAAUGUCAUUAAACAAACAAAACGAUGUUACUGUGAUUAGUAAUAAUACCUCACAGGACAAUAACAGCCCUGCAAAAACGGAUUGGUUAAGUAAUCCAAAACAUAUGAUUCAUCAACCAAUUAAGCACAGAUGGCUUCAAAAAUUACAAAAUACACCUUCACCUGACCAACAAAGGUUCACUCAUAUUUCUACUGUAGAUCAACAGAGCACAAAACCAAAAGAUGACAAACUUCAAACAUCAAAUAAAUUGGACUGUAAAAAAGUUGAUGACAAGUCAACAGCUAAAGAUAUGUUGAGUCAAAUUAUCAAUGAAUCUUUAAUGGACAAUACAUCGCCAUUACCUUCUCAAUUUACAACUAAUAGUUACUAUAAGACUAGGGAAGAAACAAAAUCUCCAGCUACGAGUACAAUCAAACAAGAUACUAAAAAUGAGUUCACAGAUUGGUCACACAAUGAUCGAAACAUUACAUCUAGAACUUCAUCAAGCCAACGGUCUUUUAGUGAAGAGCUUGUAGAAAAAGAAACUCAAGAAGUAAUAAGAAACUUGUUAGUAUUGAAUCAGAUGUCUGGUUCGUCUCGUAACACAAGAGAUAAUAUGCCUAAAAAACACUCACCAUCAGUAUCUAUGUAUUCUUCUCCUCAUUCUUCUAAUACAUUAGUUAGUUCACCAUUAGGAGUAAUUCACCAUCCUGCUUAUAGGAACACAUAUAGUACAACUAGCAGUACAAUGUGUAAAUCAAGAAAUGAAUUAACACAUGGGACAACAAUAGAUAUUCCAAAAAUGAGUAUUGGUUUCCAAGAAGAUGAGUUCCUUAAACAAAUGGUUAAAACUGAAGAAUCCAAUUCACGGUUAACUAAAGAUAAUAAUUAUCAAAAACAGGGGAUAUCACCCUAUAGUUUAAUUAAAACUAGUGCUCAAUCAUCUGACAAUUUAUUUCAACAACAACUAUAUUCAAAAAUUAAUACAAAAUCAAAUCAGGAUAUGGGUCAUAAUUCAAUAACAUAUAGUAAUGUAAACAAGUAGAGAAUAUGUAUGCAUUUGUAUUUCUGCAGUACGGAACUAUAUAGGUAUUUGAUACAGUAAGAAAUAUCUCAAAUUUAACACUCUAUAGUAAUAAUUAUACUAUUUUUGUUUUUAUUUAUAUAAU